GUCCAAUCGGAGACCCCACCUGACCUUUCCCCUCAGCUCCAACCGCCGACUCCACUCCUGAGUCGUUUUUGCCUGCUCCCCGACGACCCUUCUCAGUCUCCUUCCCAAAUCAAGAUGGAGUUUUUCUGCUACAACUCGAUUUUUAUUUUAUUUUUAUUUAUUUAUUUAUUUUUUUGCUUUCGACCAUCACUGUCUUCAUCGCCAAAAAGGUUAAAAAAAAGAUGAGUAGGGCUCAGCGCAGAUGAAUCAACGAAUAUAGUGACGGUUCGUGGUUCGUUGUGGUCCUUGUGGAAGCAUUAAAAAGACUACUCCUUUAACAAUCACUAAUAAAAAUAGGAAAUUGGCAUACCUCUUCGCUGUCCCCUGCAGCAACCGCACAAUGAAAACCCUGGAGUUGACCUAAUCGACAAUCCAACACAAGGUUCAGUGCCUUCCGGAUUCAGUUCAACCUAAUGCAGAAUCAAGUUCGUAUCAUUGUUAGCAUUCAAGUGAAGGUGAGUUCAGAUUGCAAAAAUAUGUCUUGAUGAACAAGGCUAGUUUUAUAUACCAACAAUCAUAUGGUUUAGAAAACUCUUCAUCUGAAGAACAAUGGUGGGUCGACAAUAAGAGACGAUAUCAUGAGCCUUAAGAUGAACCACACCACCACCAAUUCAAAAAUACCCAGGGGGUACAAUCUGCUAUUGCAUGAGUUCAUUUCAUUUAGGUGCUCCAACCACAUACAUUUUGUCUCAACUCUCAGCAAAUUUACGCAUCCGUGGCAUCCCUUAAUUUCUUCUUCGUCAUUUAAAGGGUGCGCUUGAGUUUGGUGUUGCUCUGGGAAUCUGUGGUUUUAUUGGAAACUCGAAUCUCUUUGUGUAAAGUUCUUUUCAUUGAAGUGCUCAUACCACUUGCAUUCUCUCUCAACAAAUCAACACAUCGAUGGCAUCUUCUUCAUCAUCUCCCUCUGUUCCGGCCUUUUCUUCUCAUUCAUGGAAGUACCAUGUUUUUCUUAGCUUUAGAGGAGAAGAUACUCGCAGAAAUUUUGUGGAUCAUCUCUACUCGGCUCUUGAACAACAAGGAAUCUACACCUACAAGGACGAUGAAACACUUUCUCGGGGCGAAUCAAUCGGCCCAGCCCUUAUGAAAGCUAUAGAAGAAUCUCAGAUUGCUGUCAUCAUAUUCUCAGAGAACUAUGCAGACUCUUCAUGGUGCUUAGAUGAACUUGCAUGUAUUAUGAAAUGCAAGGAUAUGAAAGGCACAAUCGUUAUGCCCAUAUUCUAUGGCGUCGAUCCCUCUGAAGUACGAAAACAAAAACAAAAAUAUGGAGAAGCAUUUGCCAAGCAUGAGUUGGAGAACAAGAAGAAAGUUAAAUCUUGGGGACAAGCAGUUGUGGAGGACCCUUGGGGAUUGCUCUCUGCACCUCUAGAACAAAUCCGGAAAUACCAAGAAGCCUUUGCCAAACAUGAGUUGGAGCACAAGGCCAAGGUUGAAUCUUGGAGAAAAGCACUUGUUGAUGCAAGUAACAUUUCUGGAUGGGAACCCAAGCACGUUGCCAACGGGCAUGAAUCAAGGGUUAUCAAAGAAAUUGUUGACACAAUUUCAGAGAGGUUGCAGUUAGUACCUUCAAGUGCAAAUGAGGACCUGAUCGGAAUGGCGGCUCGCAUACAACGUUUGAAAUCAGAGUUACAAAUUGGGUCAGGUGGUGUGCUCAUGAUUGGAAUAUGGGGGGUUGGGGGUGGUGGUAAGACUACUCUUGCUUCUUCUAUUUAUGAUGAAAUCUCUAGCAAGUUCGAUGGUUGUUGCUUUGUACAAAAUAUCCGGGAGGAAUCAAGCAAGAUUAAUGGUUUGGUAAGCUUGCAAAAAAAAAUUAUUUCUGGUGUUUUGAAACAAAAGGAAGUGCAGGGAAUAGAGAGAGUUGAGGAAGGAAGACGCAUAAUACAAAAUAGGUUAUGUCAUAGAAAGGUCUUGAUUGUUCUUGAUGAUGUGGAUCAGCUUCACCAACUAAAAGCAUUAGCCGGAUCACAUGAUUGGUUUGGUGAAGGAAGCCGAGUAAUAAUGACAACUAGAGAUGAGCAUAUAUUAAAUGCACACAGAGUAAAUGUGACACACAGUAUUAGAUUGUUAAACAGUGAUGAGGCUAUUAAGCUAUUUUGCAAGCAUGCACACCGAGAUCACACACCCAUGGAAAAUUAUGAGCAGCUUUCAAAAGAGGUGGUCUCUUAUGCCGGUGGGCUUCCAUUAGCACUUACAAUUCUUGGUUCAUUUCUGUGUGACAAAAAUAUUCAUGAGUGGAGGAGUGCAUUAGCCAGACUGAAAGAGAUUCCAAAUGAUAAUAUUCUGGAAACGCUAAAAAUCAGCUUUGAUGGACUCACAAAGGUUGAGAGAGAGUUGUUCCUUGAUAUUGCAUGUUUCUUUAGGGGGAAGUACAAAGACAAGGCAAUGGGGAUCUUUGAUGCUUGUGGUUUUCAUCCAGUUAUAGGAGUAAAGGUGUUGAUACAAAAGGCUCUCAUAACUAUUUCAGAAGAUGGAUAUUUUGAUAUGCAUGAUCUGGUGCAAGAAAUGGGACACUAUAUUGUUAGAGGGGAACACCCUAAGAACCCUGCAAAACAUAGUAGGAUUUGGAAGAAGGAAGAUGUUUUAAAAAUAUGUGCUAUGGAUGCAACCACGGAACUUGACAAGAUUGAAGCAAUAGAAAUGGAUUUCCCGUUAAAGCAAGCAAAAAAACAAGAACAAGAUCUUCAUUCGGUUUCUGCAAACAUGAAGAACCUUCGGUAUAUGGAAUCGAUAGGGGAUCCUGCAAAAUAUUUGUUUACUGACCUUCCACUAAGGGAGCUUUGCUGUCUUAUAUUGUCCGCAGGCUCUCAAAAGCAACUUUGGGAGGGUUGUAAGGUGCUUCCAAGUUUGAAGUUAUUGGAACUUAGCCAUAUGAAUAAGCUAAUCAUGACACCAAAUUUUAAUGGAAUUCCAAAUCUUGAAAGAUUCAUUCUUCGUGGCUGUCUGUGUUUAGAAGAAAUUCAUCCAUCGAUUGGAUGCUUGGAAAAGCUUGUUUUCUUAUCUAUAGAAAAUUGUCGGAGUCUUGAGAUAUUUCCACCCAUUAGGGGAAUAAAGAAACUCGAGACCCUUGAAUUCACAGAGCACCCCAAACUUGUUAAGUUUCCAAAGAUCCACCAUCAGAGGAUGGAGAAUUCAACACAUCUUGAUUUGGAUGAUAAUAGUGGGAGCGAAGUUGCAUCCUACAUAGAAUCUAGUACAAACUCUGUUGUUAGUUGUUUGAGGUGUGGUUGCAGAGAUCUUCCUGGUGUAGAAUGUUGUGUAGAGGGGCCUUGUUUAUGUCGCAACAUAUUCUUAGUUUUGUUUCACAACUUGCAAGAACUCCACUUCUUAAGGAAGUUGGAUCUGAGCGAGUGCAAUUUGGGAAAUGAAGAUAUAGGCUCUGAUGUUUUGGAGUUGCCCAACUUGCAAGAACUCAAUCUAUUCAGAAAUAAGUUUUCACAGUUAAGUUUUAGUUGCUUGCAAUUUCCUCGGCUCAAAUGGCUCGACGUGUCAUUCUGCAAAGAACUUGUAGAAUUGUCGGAGCUGCCACAAAGUAUAGCUAUUGUUAGAGCGGAUUGUUGUGACUCACUUGAAAGCUUUGGAGGUAUCUCAAACUGUAAAUGGUUGUGGAAAGUCUCACUUUGGGGGGCUUACAAAUUAGGUCCACGUGUUGGUGAGAUAUUACUAGGCUCCAUGCUCCGGGGGAAUGCUAUUGAAGAUCAUUUUAUCAGUUUCACCAUUCCAUAUCAGAUUCCAAAGGGGUUUGUAGGGAGGUUCUUUAGGGGAAAAACAUUUACAAAGCGUCUCCCACAUGUUAAAUGGGACCCAUAUAAAAGGCAUAUUCAAUCUGGUGAAGAAAAGUUUAGACUGCGUCUUCCAGAUGAUUGGUGCAAUGACUUUUCUGGGUUCUUAAUACGCAUUAUAUUCCAGGACACAGAUAUGGAGAUUGACAUAAGCAUCAAGAAGGAUCCAGAUGAAGAAGAUUCUCGGUUUGAGAUUUGGCAUGAGUCUAAUGAAACACCAGAGCCUGAAUCUGAUGGAGAAGUAAAGACAUAUGUGGGAUAUGUUUCCUUUAGUUCAUUGAGGCAAACCACAUCAUUGAAUUCAUCAUACAGUAUUAUUUCAUUUUCCAUAAAGAGCAAUUGGACUUCGUUUGCAGUUGAGCUCGUUCCUAGAAAAAGUAAAGAUGAUCCCGUGCAAACAACCAAAGUUGCAACAGAUUGCUCAGAAUUUUGGCAUGAGGAAAAUGAUGAAUAUAAAGCAUUUAUGAUCCAAGAUAAUUCAAAAUAUUCUAUCAAUAUUAUAUGGAAAGCUUAGAAAAACAUCUAACAAAACCAUACACCCAUAGGACGUCUGUCGACUCGUUGCCAGUUCGUAUAGUCUGUAUAGUCUGAGUGACUCUGAACUUAUGGUUGUGAUUACACUGCAACAUACAUCGAGAAACAAAUUGCAAAGGGAGGAGAACAGAUGUCCUGAAGAUGAUACCAUAAAAUAUUUUGAGUAUUGAGAGAGAAUGCUUUGUAUAUAAUUUCAAAGUAUGUUUAUUAUGAAGGUUGUAACAGAUCAAAGUUUUCGUGGUUC